UGGUUCUUUCAAGCAAAUUUAAAGACAAAGUAGUAAAAUCAAGUUUACACAUUGAGGAUAAAUAGCUGGGCAAUCCGCAAUUAUCCAAGACAACCUCUGGGCGCCGCUGUUGACCAAAGGGAAGAGAAAGGUUCUCAUUUCUGCAGGAAGAGGCUAGCCAGUGCUUUAUCCUGCAUAUAGCAGAACCGGGUAACUGUUCCCUGUGCACCUUCAAAUACCUAACAAACAAAUGAUAGCCUGAAAUCAAAGAAGUCCAGGGUGCUGUCACUGACUUUAAAAACAAUCCCAGGGAGACCUUGAAGCUUUCCAGAGAGAUAAAGAAACACAGGGAGCUCCAGAGAAAUGGAAACAAUGAAAAGUCAGGUACUGUUUCUCUUCCUGCUUUCUUUGUUUUACGGGGCCAUUUCCCAACCGAUCCUCUACUCCAUUCCGGAGGAGCUGGCGAAGGGGUCUCGGGUGGGGAACCUUGCCAAGGAUCUUGGGCUCAGUGUCCAGGAGUUGCCAGCUCGAAAACUGCGGGUUAGUGCAGAGGAUUAUUUCAAUGUGAGUGUGAAGAGUGGAGAUUUGUUAGUGAACAGCAGGAUAGAUAGAGAGAAGAUUUGUGGGAGAAAAUCUGAGUGUGCACUGGAAUUUGAAACAGUCACUGAAAAUCCAAUGAAUAUUUUCCAUGUGAUUGUUGUAAUCCAAGAUAUUAAUGACAAUGCACCACGUUUCAUUGCAAAAAACAUUGAAUUAGAAAUCUGUGAGUCAGCCUUACCAGGGGUAAAAUUCCCUCUGGAUUCUGCACAAGAUGCAGAUGUAGGAAGUAACUCACUGAAGGUAUACACCAUCAACGCCAAUCAGCAUUUCUCUCUGUCAACAAAAGAAAGUCCUGAUGGAAGUAAAUACCCAGAAUUAUUGCUGGAAAAGCCCUUAGAUAGGGAACAUCAGAGCUCCCAUCAUUUAAUCUUGACUGCCAUUGAUGGUGGGGACCCACCUCUAAGCAGCACCGCCCAGAUCUGGAUCAAGGUUACUGAUGCCAAUGAUAAUGCUCCAGUGUUCAGUCAGGACAUAUAUAGAGUUACUCUGCAAGAAAACAUGCCUCCAGGAACCUCCGUGCUCCGGGUCACGGCCACAGACCAGGAUGAGGAUGUUAAUGCACAGAUCACCUAUGCCUUCCUCAACGCCCCGACAAGUACUAGCCUCCUCUUCAAUCUAGAUCCAAAUACCGGCGAUAUCACAACCAAUGGUACAUUGGACUUUGAAGAAAGAAGUAGGUAUAUUUUGGGUGUGGAAGCCAAGGAUGGAGGAGUACACACGGCUCACUGUAAUGUUCACAUUGAAAUAGUUGAUGAAAAUGACAAUGCCCCAGAGGUGACAUUCAUGUCGUUUUCUAACUAUGUUCCAGAGGACUCAGACCUUGGAACCAUAAUAGCCCUCAUUAAAGUGACAGACAAAGACUUUGGGCAAAACGGCUUGGUGAUGUGCUAUAUUCAAGAAGAAGUUCCCUUCAAAUUAGAAUUCACCUCCAAGAAUUAUUACAAGCUGGUAAUUGAGAAGGCCCUAAACCGGGAGGAGAUCUCGGAGUACAAUAUUACCCUCACAGCAACUGAUAAAGGGAAACCACCCCUUUCCUCUAAGACAAGAGUCACCCUGCACAUCACUGACGUCAACGACAAUGCACCCAUUUUCCAGCAGACCUCCUACACGGUCCAUGUGGCUGAGAACAAUCUGCCUGGAGCCUCAAUUGCGCAAGUCAGAGCCUUCGACCCUGACUCGGGACCCAACGGCCAGGUCUCCUACUCCAUCGUGGCCAGCGACCUGGAGCCUAGAGCGCUGCUGUCCUACGUGUCCGUGAGCCCGCAGAGCGGGGUGGUGUUCGCGCAGCGCGCCUUCGACCACGAGCAGCUGCGCGCCUUCGAGCUGACGCUGCAGGCCCGCGACCAGGGCUCGCCCGCGCUCAGCGCCAACGUGAUUCCCCAUAUAUUAUUUCUAGCUUUGUUUCCUCAAACUUCUACUAGUCUAAGGUCAGCAGAGCCCUCCUAA